AUGGCUCCCAGCUUUAUUCUGACCCUUUCGGGCCCCGAUCGCCCCGGCAUCGUCCACGCCGUGACGGCCUUCCUCGUCCAGCACAACCUGAACAUCAUUGAUUCGUCGCAAUUCGGCGAUUCCACCUCUCAGCGCUUCUUCAUGCGAAUGCAGUUUGCGCCCGCGACUAGUACCGAGGAUGCGCCUGAUCUUGAGAAAUUGCAGGCCGCCUUUGAGCCUACCGCCAAGUCCUUUUCGAUGGACUUUGAGAUCCAUCCCACCACCCAGAAGCCUCGCGUGCUCAUUAUGGUCUCCAAAAUCGGUCACUGUCUCAACGAUCUCCUUUUCCGCCAGUCCAAUGGUCAGCUGAACAUUGAGGUGCCUCUGAUCAUCUCUAACCACCCCGACUUUGCGACUCUCGCGGCCACCUACAAUAUCCCCUUCCUCCACCUCCCCGUCACUGCCGAUACCAAGGCCCAGCAGGAAGCCAAGGUGUUGGAGUUGGUGCGUGAACACAACAUUGACCUGGUGGUCCUGGCUCGCUACAUGCAGGUCCUGUCUCCCAAGCUGUGCGAGGCCAUGUCUGGGCGCAUCAUCAACAUUCACCACAGCUUCCUGCCUUCCUUCAAGGGCGCCAAGCCCUACCACCAGGCCCACGAUCGCGGCGUGAAGAUCAUUGGCGCCACCGCCCACUUCGUCACCAGUGAUCUUGACGAGGGCCCUAUCAUCGAGCAGAACGUCACUCGGGUCAACCACGGUUUGAGCCCCAAGGAGCUCACUCACGCCGGUAGCAACGUUGAAAGCAACGUGCUCGCCACGGCUGUCAAGUAUGUUUCCGAGCGCCGAGUUCUGCUCAAUGGACACAAGACUGUUGUGUUCAACUAA